AUGCUGAACGCCUAUCGUGAAGAAGGUGAUGGGGCUGAUAAUGAGGCUCGCUCAUUAGGGGGACGUGUCCUCAUGGCUCAUCACGCAGACUUUGAGGAGGGGAUGGGGAAAGUGCUGAGUCUGCGGCCAAGCUUUAGACGCUUCUGGAGUGAUGACGUCACCCGCGUCAAUCAGGCCAGGUGUGGGGAUUUUUCCACCCGAUGGCGCCGAGACGACGGAGCAGGUCAUUUCAUCUGCUCUACGGUGACGGCGCCCUGGGACCCUCGACAGAUUUCGGGGGCUCGUCCGGGAUCAGCGCCACCUUCUGAAAAACGACAAGUAUCGUCCUCAAUUUCUCCCCGCCGGCAUUUUGAUUCAGGUCAGAACUGCAGUUACACACUACACAGUCCCAACGGGACGAUAGAAAGCCCCGGCUACCCGUACGGCUAUCCCAACUACGCCAACUGCACGUGGGUGAUUGUAGCGGCCGAGCACAAUCGGAUACAGCUGGUGUUUCUCGGCUUCGCCCUGGAGGAGGACUUUGACAUCCUGUCCGUUUACGACGGGCCACCCAGUCCGGGGAACCUGCGGACAAGGAACUUGGUGCUGCUUACCAUCUCCACUGCUGUGCCGUUGAUGAAGAGUGGAGCAUGGCUGGACUGGUGUCUCCUGAAGUCGACGAUGAUCUCCUUGGUCUUGUCGACGUUCAGGACCAGGUUGUUGGUUCUGCACCAGUCAACCAGAUGUUUCACCUCCUCCCUGUAGUCCAUGUUGUUGUUGUCACGGAUGAGGCCCACUACUGUCGUGUACUUCACAAUGUGGUUAGUAGUGGACCUGGCGCAGCAGUCAUGGGUCAUCAACGUGAACAGCAGUGGACUCAGGACGCAGCCCUGGGGGGAGCCGGU